GGAAAAUAUUACUUACAUUAAUUUUUUGACAACAUGGCUUCUAUUAACCACCACUCGCUUCUAAGCAGCGCUCUGAACAAAAUAGCUAGAAGAGACCUGUCCAAGACAAGGCAGAAAGACCACAUCAUCGAAGAGACUCACAACAUUUUCAACCGAAGAGGAGUCCGCAACGCAUUAACCAGGAAUACAUCUAUUAGCGUAGGCGAGAGGUUUCGUCUUUUUAAGUCAUACGAAGAUGCUAUGAAGCAUGACCGUAAAGCUCUGAUAAAGCAGCAGGAGAAGAUCUGCUCUAAGCUUAGCAUUGCCAAGCCUCCUAAACCUCCAUCGGGAAUAACAACUCUUAACAAAAACCUCAUGAUUGUCAAGAAGAAUAGUACCUUGUUAAAAAGGAAACAGGCCUUUAUAGAGGAAUCGACUCAAUCUCAGAGCUUCCUCUUGAAACCAAAGAUGGCUAACCUCUCUUCAUCUUGAGGUAACUUUACUACCUUAAAGACCAUGAUCGAUAAGGAGGACUACCAAAAUGGUUGAGAUAGCAGCAAAGGAUCCGACAGAGGCAAGACGAAUCUUAGUAUCAGCAAGAGCUUCAUUGAGUGCAAAAGUAUAUCCUCCAUGAAGUCCUUCAAUAGUUCAAUAAAGCCCAUUGAACCAAACUCCUCUCUUAAGAGAAUGAACCUGAAGAUUUUACCUGGCCUUGUCCAGAAGUUUAAGAUGAAAAAUAAAUUAUCAAUUGCUGAUGAUAAUACCUUAAAUAACUAUUCAAAAAAAAAUUAGCCCAGACCCAGUUAAGAUCAGUGUCACAGAUUUUAAUGACGAGAACAAAUACUCCCCAAACGAAAUGGUGAAGCCCAUUAUUAAACCAUUUGGUAAGAAGAUUGGAACUAAGAAGUUUAAAACUUCCUUGAAGAAACUAAAGAUCAGAAGGACCACAGUUAAGCACAGCAUUGAUUUUCAGUUCUCACAGCUGUCCUAAACCCCAUAUACUUAACAAAACUGGCAAAAUUUACUCCAGUACAUUAUAAUUUUUAUAAACGUCCUUUUCUAAU